GGAUCACCAGACAAAGAAGACACAGCAGAGCACCGCCAUCUCGAGACCUGACGCGAUGCUGAGGCGAUCAAGACUGAUCUGUCGCGUCGACGAGCGGUAUGUGAGUUUACUGAGCAAAACGGUGUGUUUGCAGCGGCGGUGGAGCGCGAGAGAUGCUGCCGAAGAUGCGGUGAAGAAUCACGAUAUUGGUGAAGAUGAAGAACGAAAGGCGGCGGGAACUGGACUGGGUGGUGCGCUGGAUUCGCUGUUUACGUUGGUCUCGAAUCAUGAAGAGACUCUUCGUCCUGUUUAUUUUCCACCAGUUACUUCUCCUCCUUUCUCAGCUGGAAUGAAAAACCGCAAGUCAAAAGCCGUCGACGAGAGACGCGGUCGCGGGCACGAGAUGCUCGCAGCUUCUAAGCAAUCGGCAUCCAGGCUAGCGCAGCAGUCUGCGGACAAACUCGCCGAGUUCUCAGCCUCGAUUGAUCCGGUGCGGUUCUCGGACUCGGUAGAAGCGCACAAUAAGUCUGCGCAGAUGCGGGCCGAGAAGCUGACCAACUCGUUCAACAAGCAUCUCUCGCACGCGUCACCAUCUUCAGAGCCCUCGGUGAGCGCGGCGAAGGCAAAGGCGGCGGAACAUAAGUCGCCGGUGCAUGCGCACUACAGCGCGGUGCUGGCCGGGCUGAAAGGGAUUGGGCCGCGGAAAACUGUGCCUGAGGAUAAAGCGCGGCAGCAGCCGGUGGAGCUUGAGUCUAUGACGACGGCGGAUCUGAGGAAGUUGCUUAAUGAGUGCGCGACUGAGGCUGAGGUGCUUGAGUUUUUCCAGCAGACGUUGAGAGGCGGGAGAUUGACGACGCAGCUUGCGACGCAGAUUCUAUGGCGGAGUAAAGUGAAGAGUGCCGAGGGGUUUGACGAGAUGCUUGCGAUCGCGCAGGGAAACUCAAAGUUCAGCGCGUGGCCAGAUGAGGACUUGGAAGUGUUUGAGAAAGAGGUUUGGCUGAGGCGGUUGACUGUCAGUCAGUUUUUCGGCGCGCGAGGCAGCGAAGACGACGAGCCGAUGACGGAGGAUACGCGGCAGUAUCUCAAAGCGCUCUUUUCAAGCAUGUUUGAAACCAUCUGGGUUCCGCUGAUAAAAGAGGGCGAGCUGUCGAAUGACGCCGUGCGAACGCUGUGGUUCUUGGCCGGGAUGACCGAGACUGAGUUUGAUGUGCUCGGCCAGAUCGUGUACGGCUGGGCCUCGGGCUUUGACAAGUUCAGCGCGCCCGAGCGGUUUACGAUCGCAAACGCGGUCGUGCAGAUGUGGGUUACUGGCGUAACAGCGCAGCGGCCGCGCACGGCAGAGAUCUCAGAGUCGUUCUUCGUCAACGGCGCAAACGUGGCUGCGGACGCUGGCAUCGAGCCUGCACAGUACAUUGUGCCUUUCAAGUACGCGAGCAUCCGCUUCGUCUCGGCCCUACACCGCGGCCGGGGGCUGACUUCUAGAGAAACCGCACACGUGCGUAUGAUCGUCGAGAUUGUGAAAGUCAAGACGGUAAAUCCUGAUACCGAGUUUGUCAGGCGUGCGCUCGACGUGCUGAACUGGCAUGAGUCCGAGCUGGACGAGAAGGUGCCGGCGGUGGUUGACGCGGCGCGGGUGCUGCUUGAGUUUGUUAGCGACUCGGGGGUGCUUCUGCGGCGAAUUUCGACGCUUAGGGAAGCGCUGGCGUGGAGCGAGAUGGAUGAGCGCGUCGCGCUGAUUGCGAAGAAGAUCGGAUGGGAGGCGGCGCAGGAGGAGGGGUUGCAGACGACCGGGGAGGAGAUCGUUGUCGGGCCUGCGAAUGUUUUGGUUUGAUUAUUGUAUGGGAUGUCUUGGAGUUUUAUGGUUUGAUAUGUGUAUAUAAGGACUUGUAUAUAGAAGCAAUUAUACAG